AUGAAAAAUCAAUCAGAGGAGAUAGAGUUCAUUCUACUGGGACUGACAGAUGACCCUGUGCUGCAAAUUGUGAUUUUCCUGUUUCUGUUUUCCAAUUACAUCUUGAGCCUGAUGGGGAACUCAGCCAUCAUCCUCCUCACCCUGCUGGAUCCCCGCCUCAAGACUCCUAUGUAUUUCUUCCUCCGAAAUUUCUCCUUCUUAGAGAUUUCCUUUACGACAGCCUGCAUUCCACGGUUCCUGAUAAGCAUUCUGACUGGGGACAGAACCAUUUCCUACAAUAGCUGUGCAGCUCAACUGUUCUUCUUUUUUUUAAUAGGCAUCACAGAGUUUUACCUCCUGGCUGCCAUGUCCUAUGACCGCUACGUCGCCAUCUGCAAACCGCUGCAUUACCCAAUCAUUAUGAACAGCAGAAUGUGCUACCAACUUGUACUCGGCUCCUGGGUAACUGGAUUCCUGAUCAUCUUCCCUCCGUUAGUCUUGGGGCUCAAGCUAGACUUCUGUGCUUCCAAAACUAUUGAUCACUUCCUAUGUGACACUUCUCCUAUCCUGCAACUCUCAUGCACAGAUACACGUUUCCUAGAAUUGAUGGCUUUUGUUUUAGCUGUGGUGACACUUGUGGUCACGCUGUUGUUAGUGGUCCUCUCCUAUACCUACAUCAUCAAAACCAUCCUAAAAUUUCCUUCUGCUCAACAAAGGACCAAGGCCUUUUCCACCUGUUCCUCCCACAUGGUGGUCGUCUCUAUUACUUAUGGGAGCUGUAUCUUCAUGUACAUGAAACCAUCAGCAAAGGAAAGGGUAACUUUAACUAAAGGAAUAGCAGUGCUCAACACCUCCAUUGCCCCGUUACUCAACCCCUUCAUUUACACCCUAAGGAACCAGCAGGUAAAAGAAGCUCUCAAGGAUAUACUUCAAAGAGUUUGUCAUGUUCACACCAAUGAGACAAAAUCCGCAUAUAAGUAA